GCGAAAUGAAACGUUCAAAAAAGUUUCAAAAUAUGAGCAAGGAAACAAAGAAGCGUCAUAAGUCCAAGGCGAAAAAAAAGGUCCGAGAAGCGCCGGAGGUGGAUUUCGAGAUAGAGUGCAACAAUAUGGAGACCGAUCAGAAUAUUGGAAAAUUUAAAGCCAAAGUGGGCGCGAGAGAAUCGGACUUCUCGAGCGAUCAGGACAGCUCUUCACUGGAAUCCAGCUCCGAUGGCAAGUCCGAAAUGCAAGACGAACCUCAAGAAUGGAGUGACCUGACAUUUCCCCACUUGGGCUCUUCGCCAAAACGUUACAAAGCAUCCCAUGAGGGACAGUCGAAGGGCAUUGCAGAUUUAAUCGGGGAAUCGUCGUCCAUAGACGUGGACGAGCAUAGUGGCCCGAUGCCGUCAAUGCCUCUGUUCGAGGACGCAAAUAAGGACACAUUUCAGUUUAAAUAUCCCACCUACCAGGAUAUCUUUAUCACCUCUACCCAAUCAAACUCCAGCGAAGCUGCCAAGGAACCCAGCACGGAUUAUGACGAGGAUUUGAAUUGCUUUUCUGACGACACACACAGCUGGGAAUCCGACUUCAGUGAUGUGGAGGACAAUGAGGAAAGUCUUUAUCCUAUUUGCAGAAAAGGAAAGGAAAGUUGGUUGCACCUGCCGCUGCACACAGUCGAGGUGCCUUUUGGGUAUACCAGCUCGAAGAAUGCUGGCAUACGAUCGACCCCAAGUGGGAGGGAGACGGUUGGCAGGCAGGCAACCGAGUUCUACGAUGACAGUGCCACCGAACACUGCCAGGAACCCACCGGGAAGCCCGUUUUCAAGGUCAUCAAGCAGAACGAGGUGUUCGAGCAGUACGAGCAGGCCUUCCACGCCGUGCUGUCCAUGGUUGAGGCGGUGUGCGAUCGCUUCAGAUACGACAUCUCGCAGCUGCUGUAUCCUCUGCUGGUCCUGGCCUAUUUGCAAAUGGUGGCCAGCGACAACGUGGACGGGGCCGCGACCCUCGUGAAGAACUGCGGGAAGUACUUGGAUGACUCCUACAGGCCGCGGCUUGCAACGCUGAAGAAAAUUCUUAGGCCAGCGGAGGUGCCAUCCAGGGCGCGAGUGCUGCUCAACGGUCACUACAAGGUGGACAUCCUGAUGGCCCGGGACGCCUAUACGCAGUGCCUGAUCCACUUGGCGCGCAUUCCGUUUUGGCAACAGGACAAAAUCAUGGGCCACAUCCGCCUCCGGAAAUACGACGACGAGGAGCUGCCCAAGCAACGUUACCUCCUGGGACAUCCUAAGCUGGAGACCAUGCUGUGGACUCUUCCCGAGACGCACGGAGAACCCUCCAAGCACUCUCGACGCCGGCACAACGCCAAUAUGCAACAAUUGUACACGCCCCCUCCGUGUCUUGAUGAUGAGAUUAAGCGCCGGACGGAAGACGAGCAGCGCAAGGAGCUUAGUCGGGAACACCUGCCCUCGGUCUACCUAUACACGGCCAUGACUGGGCAGGAGAAAGUUCUGUGUGCGACCUUCUCCGAGGAGUUCAACAUGGUGGCACUGGGCACGUCCGUCUCCGUGGUGCACGUCUUCUCGGUGGAUUCCUCGAAGCCUCUGGUGGAUAUGACGCUUGAAAAGGGAGAGUCGGACAGGCGGGUAAAGCGCACCUUGUACGGCCACCAGGGGGCUGUCUACGGCUGCUCCUUUUCCCCCGACGACCGCUACAUUGUCAGCUGCUCGAGGGACACCAACGUGCGGCUGUGGUGCCUCCGCUCCUGGAGCUGUAUUGUUAUCUAUACGGGGCACCUGGCCCCAGUCUACUGCGUAGUGUAUGCCCCCCUGGGCUUCUACUUUGCCACCGCCUCGGCGGAUGGCACGGCUCGAAUCUGGGCCCAGAGUACGAAGCAAGCAGCGCGCCUCUUAUCCGGCCACUUGGCCAGCGUGGAAGUGUGUCUGUUCCACCCGAACAGGUACUACCUGGCCUCCGGGUCGUCGGACUGCACUGUCCGCGUCUGGCACGUAGUGAAGGGCCGCCAGGUGCGUGUGCUCAGCGGCCACAAGGCGAGAGUCACGUCUCUGGCCUUCUCCACGUGCGGGAGCUACUUGGCCUCAGGAGGCGACGAUCACCUGGUAAUUGUCUGGGACCUGCCCGCCGAGCGAAUGAUCCGUUACCUGAGUCACCACACGGCCACAAUCUACUCCUGCGCAUUCGACAUGGACAAUAAUAUCCUAGUUGUGGCCGGCGGGGAGGCUCGCCUGUCCGUCUGGGACUUUGACCGCCUCGUCCAGCAGUCUGGAUCCCGUAAAUCCUCGUCUUCCAAAUUGGCAUCAAAGGAGCUGCUACUAAAAUCGUACGACAGUUACGAGGGACCCAUCUACAAGGUCUCCUUUAGCAGCGGCAACCUCAUAUUAGCCGUCCGCGUGGAACCCCCAAGAAAUCCUAAGAAAACAACAUAA